GCAGAAAAACGGAAAUCAAAACUUGACAGAACAACAAUGGAGCUCCAAGAAUCAGUGAGAAUCCAAACCGACAUUGCACUCUUCAUCACAAACCACUUAUUCUCAAAACAACAAGAACCUCAUCUUUUCUCCAUUUUCCCUCCACGCUGCACUCACCAUCAUCGCCGCCGGUUCACACGGCUCCACUCCUUCCUCCGAUCAAACUCCGUCGACCACCUCAACUCCUCCACCGACCACCUCAUCUUCGCCGUACUCUCCAACGCCACCGCUGCUUCACCUCGCUUGUCUUUCGUCAAUGGAGUGUUGGCUGAUAAUUCCCCUUCUCUCACGCAUUCCUUCAAACACCUUGUGAGUACUCAUUUCAAGGCCACUCUGGGUUCACUUGAUUUUCAAACCAAGGGUGGUGAAGUGCGCGAUGAAGUGAAUUCAUGGGUUGAAAAGGUGACAAAUGGGCUUGUUACAGAGCUUCUUCCUCCCCAGUCAGUAUCCAGCUUAACCAGGCUUAUCUUGGCAAAUGCAUUGUACUUCAUGGGUGAGUGGAAACACAAGUUUGAUGCUGAUAUAACAUACAACUAUAAUUUUCAUCUCCUUGAUGGAACCAAAGUCAAGGUUCCCUUCAUGAUGAGAAGAAAGCAUCAUGAGAAGGAAAGGUUUAUUAGCGUUUUCGAUGGUUUCAAAGUCGUUCGUCUUUCUUAUAAACAAGGGAGUCGUGAUAAAUAGCGUUAGUUCUCCAUGUACAUUUUUCUUCCUGAUGCGAAAGAUGGACUGCCAGCUUUAAUUGAAAGGGCGGCUUCAGAAUCUGGGUUCUUGGAAGGCAAGCUUCCUCGGCGGAAAGUGAAAGUGAAUGACUUCAGGAUUCCAAAAUUCAGGAUUUCUUUUACGCUUGAAGCUUCUAAGGUGCUGGGAGUGGUUUCACCGUUCUCUCAAGGUGAUGCUGAUUUUGGAAAAAUGGUGGACUCUCCUUUCAAUCGACUAUACAUUGAAAGCAUGUUUCAGAAAGCUUUCAUCGAGGUUAACGAUGAAGGCACUGAAGCCGCAGCAGCGGCCACUGUGAGUUUUGCUAUGCGGGGUGAUACAAGUCCGACUGGUAUCGACUUUGUAGCUGAUCACCAUUUUCUCUUUUUGAUCAGAGAAGAUUUGACAGGAACAAUUCUGUUUAUUGGGCAGCUGCUCCAUCCUCUUGAUGCUACUUAAUGGAGCAGCCACACUGGACAAUGCUAGCAAUAUCAACACAAAACUGCCAUUUAAUAGGAACUAGGAAGUCUCAGAAACUAGGAAGUAAGAAACACAAGAAAAGAUUAGGUAUUUUCCAGAUCAAUAUCUGAUUGAACUUUGUGCUAGGGUAACCCUUCCACCCAGUUGAUAAAAAUUACAAGGCUUGUAGAUAAAUCUUAGCUGCUAUAUUGUUCAAGUGUUUUGCUUCCAGAAGCCAGUGUGGGUUGUUCUCUGUUCAGCAAAAUAAUGUCAUCUCUACCUUGCACAUGAAUACUACACUCUCAGCUUAAGAAAAAAUACACAUGUUGUUCAAACUUUAAAGAAUGCAUUAAUAGAAAAGAUUUCAUUAGAGAAAGAGACAUGCUUGACUAUGAUUCUUGGUGUAUCAGAGUGCUGACAAGUGUUUGUGAUGAAUCAGAAAUGGAUUUUGUGCGGACAUGUGAGAUUUUGGUGUAAAUGUCACAACUUAGGUGGCUGUCAUGAUAUAUUGCAGUUUGUUUGU